AGUUCAUGGGAUGCUAGCAUAUGCUACUACUAGUAUUCUUUCUGUAUAAAUCACCACGUGCAUCUAUCGUUAUAAGUACAUUUAAAGGCAGUGUUACAAGAAACACACCGAUAAGAAUUGUGUUUCUGUGAGAUUUUUGAGAGAGAGAGAGAGAGAGAGAGAGAGAGAAUGGGGAGAGGGAGAGUAGAACUGAAGAGAAUAGAGAACAAGAUCAAUAGGCAAGUCACCUUUGCCAAAAGAAGGAAUGGAUUGUUGAAAAAAGCUUAUGAACUUUCUGUUCUUUGUGAUGCUGAAGUAGCUCUGAUCAUCUUCUCCAAUAGAGGAAAACUAUACGAAUUUUGCAGCAGCUCUAGUAUGCUCAGAACAUUGGAGAGGUAUCAAAAGUGCAACUAUGGAGCACCAGAGCCACAUGUACCCUCAAGAGAGGCAAUGGUAAUCACUUAAUUUCUCAAAAAAAUU